AUGAACCCCCAGCUGUUCUACAGGAGGAGUGGCAGGGCUCCGUACCGAGACCGUAUCCCCCUACGUGUUGUCCGGGCCGAGGCCGAGCUGAGCCCUGAGGAGAGGGCCUACCUCACCGCCGUGGAGAAGGGUGAUUAUGCUGGGGUGAAGCAGGCUCUACAGGAGGCAGGGAUCUAUUACAACAUCAACCUGAACUGCCUGGACCCUCUGGGGCGCAGUGCGCUGCUCAUCGCCAUUGACAACGAGAACCUGGAGGUGAUGGAGCUCCUGCUGGACCACGGCGUUGCCAUGGGAGACGGCCUCCUGUACGCCAUCAGGAAGGAGGUGGUGGGCGCCGUGGAGAUGCUGCUGUCGCACAGGCGCCCCUGUGGAGAGAAGCAGGUUCCCUCCCUGAUGAUGGACAGCCAGUUUUCUGAGUUCACCCCAGACAUCACGCCCAUCAUGCUGGCGGCCCACACCAACAACUACCAGAUCAUCAAGCUGCUGGUCCAGAGGAAGGUGGCGGUGCCGCGGCCCCACCAGCUCCGCUGUGACUGCGCCACGUGCGUGUCCAGCUCCGAGGUGGACAGCCUGAGGCAUUCGCGCUCACGCCUCAACGUGUACAAGACCCUGGCCAGCCCCUCGCUCAUCGCCCUCUCCAGCGAGGACCCCUUCCUCACUGCCUUCAAGCUGGGCUGGGAGCUCAAGGAGCUCAGCAAGGUGGAGAAUGAGUUCCGUCAGGAGUACGAAGAGCUGUCGCAGCAGUGUAAGAUGUUUGCUAAGGACCUCCUGGACCAGGCCCGCAGCAGCAGGGAGCUGGAGACCAUCCUCAAUCACCGUGACGACCACAGCCAGGAGCUGGACCUGCAGGAGAGCCACGACCUGGCCAAGCUGAAGCUGGCCAUCAAGUACCACCAGAAGGAGUUCGUCUCCCAGCCCAACUGCCAGCAGCUCCUGUCUACUCUGUGGUACGACGGCUUCCCCGGCUGGAGGCGGCGCCACUGGGCCGUCAAGCUCCCCACCUGCGUCCUCAUUGGCCUGCUCUUCCCCGUCUUCUCAUUGGUCUACCUGCUGGCGCCCCGCAGCGCCCUGGGAGCGUUCGUCAGGAAGCCCUUCAUCAAGUUCAUCUGCCACACGGCCUCCUACCUCACCUUCCUCUUCCUCCUCCUCCUCUCCUCCCAGCACAUCGUCAGGACGGACCUCCAUGUGCAGGGGCCGCCCCCCACCGUGGUGGAGUGGAUGAUACUGCCCUGGGUGCUGGGGUUCAUCUGGGCAGAGAUUAAGGAGAUGUGGGAUGGAGGUUUUACUGAGUACAUUCAUGACUGGUGGAACCUGAUGGACUUUGCCAUGAACUCUCUCUACCUAGCUACCAUCUCCCUAAAGAUGGUGGCAUACUUCAAGUAUAACUCUUCCAGGCCCAGGGAGGAGUGGGAGGUGUGGCACCCCACCCUGAUAGCGGAGGCCUUGUUUGCCAUCGCCAACAUCUUCAGCUCCCUGCGGCUCAUCUCCCUGUUCACGGCCAACUCUCACCUGGGGCCCCUGCAGAUCUCCCUGGGACGCAUGCUGCUGGACAUCCUCAAGUUCCUCUUCAUCUACUGCCUGGUGCUGCUAUCCUUUGCUAACGGUCUCAACCAGCUGUAUUUCUACUAUGAGACCAAGGCUGCGGACGAGCCCAACCACUGCAAGGGCAUCCGCUGCGAGAGGCAGAACAACGCCUUCUCCACGUUGUUUGAGACCCUGCAGUCUCUGUUCUGGUCUGUGUUCGGCCUGCUGAACCUGUACGUCACCAACGUGAAGGCUCGCCACGAGUUCACAGAGUUCGUAGGAGCCACCAUGUUUGGAACCUACAACGUCAUCUCCCUGGUGGUGCUGCUCAACAUGCUGAUCGCCAUGAUGAACAACUCCUACCAGCUCAUAGCUGACCAUGCAGACAUAGAGUGGAAGUUUGCCCGCACCAAGCUGUGGAUGAGCUACUUUGACGAAGGGGGCACGCUGCCCCCCCCCUUCAACAUCGUCCCCAGCCCCAAGACCCUGUGGUACCUGUGUGUCUGGCUGCAGAGAUGGCUCUGGGGGGGGAGGCCCCCCCCCCACGACGACACGCAAACGCACAACCUCAGAGAGUUCACGGAACGUCAUGCUGAUCAAAUGAUUCAAAACCAGCAUUAUCAGGAGGUGAUCAGGAACCUGGUGAAGAGAUACGUAGCAGCUAUGAUCCGCAGCGCUAAGACAGACGAGGGUCUGACCGAGGAGAACUUCAAGGAGUUGAAGCAGGACAUUUCCAGCUUCCGCUACGAGGUUCUGGAUCUCCUAGGCAACAGGAAGCCUGAAAGGCGGACCUACUCCUCCAGCAGUGAGGAGGGGGGCGGCGCCAGGCCAGAUGAGGUGGGAGGGGCUAAAGCCGGGGGCGCAUCCUUCAGCCCGUCAGUUGACCAGAAGGGCCGGACGAACUCCGCCUUCAGUGUGUCCGCCCUCUUCAGCUCUGUGGCGAGGGAUAAGGGGGCGGGGCCGGAAGAGGGGGGGGGAGCCGGGGAGAAGCUGAGGACCGUCUCCCCGCUGUGGUGGGGGCGCUUGGGGUCAGGGACGGCUGGGGGGGGUCUGCAGCGGUUCUCCAGGUCCAAGAGAGACUCCAUCAGACGCCUGGGGCUCCUCUUCUCACGCAUGAACGGCCACGUCCCUGCUCCGCCCAGGCCUGCCGCCCAUCCUAGCGUGACUCUGCAGCAGGACGCCUAUGUCAUCUCGGAUGGAACGCUCGGCCAGCUCUGCCCCACCCAGGCCUGCUGCCCACCCCAGACCUGCUCUCAGAUUCCAGAGGACUUUAACAGGCAGACCUCCCAGUCCCAGCACCCCCGGCCUCAGACCAAGCCCCCCCACUCCCCAACCCCAGCUCCCCACCCCCAGCCCAGUAGCAGCCUCCAGCUCCCAGCCUCCUCCCUGGAUGGGACGGAGGCCGGCUGUGAUGACCCAGGCUCAGAGGGGGGGGCGGAGCAGGACGAGUCCAUUACCACAAAGCUGUAGACC